AUGUACCCGGAGGCUCCCCUUUCAUUUAAAGGGACGUACCCGGAGGCUCCCCAAUCAUUUAAAGGGAUGUACCCGGAGGCUCCUCUAUCAUUUAAAGGGACGUACCCGGAGGCUCCCCUAUCAUUUAAAGGGGUGUACCCGGAGGCUCCCCAAUCAUUUAAAGGGAUGUACACGGAGGCUCCCCUAUCAUUUAAAGGGACGUACCCGGAGGCUCCCCAAUCAUUUAAAGGGAUGUACCCGGAGGCUCCCCUAUCAUUUAAAGGGAUGUACCCGGAGGCUCCCCUAUCAUUUAAAGGGAUGUACCCGGAGGCUCCCAUAUCAUUUAAAGGGAUGUACCCGGAGGCUCCCCAAUCAUUUAAAGGGAUGUACCCGGAGGCUCCCCUAUCAUUUAAAGGGAUGUACCCGGAUGCUCCCUUAUCAUUUAAAGGGAUGUACCCGGAGGUUCCCCAAUCAUUUAAAGGGAUGUACCCGGAGGCUCCCAUAUCAUUUAAAGGGAUGUACCCGGAGGCUCCCCUAUCAUUUAAAGGGAUGUACCCGGAGGUUCCCCUAUCAUUUAAAGGGAUGUACCCGGAGGCUCCCCAAUCAUUUAAAGGGAUGUACCCGGAGGCUCCCCAAUCAUUUAAAGGGAUGUACCCGGAGGUUCCCCAAUCAUUUAAAGGGAUGUACCCGGAGGCUCCCCAAUCAUUUAAAGGGAUGUACCCGGAGGCUCCCCAAUCAUUUAAAGGGAUGUACCCGGAGGCUCCCCUAUCAUUUAAAGGGAUGUACCCGGAGGCUCCCCAAUCAUUUAAAGGGACGUACCCGGAGGCUCCCCUAUCAUUUAAAGGGAUGUACCCGGAGGCUCCCCUAUCAUUUAAGGGGAUGUGUUUUUUGCUUUUGUUUGGCAACAGUGGUGGAUUUAAUGGGAAAGGCACCUCCCACUAUAAUUUUCAAAGUGGGGGGACGCCACUUUAUGAGGCGUCCCCCACAACCACAAUUCCUGGAUCCGCCCCUGAUUAA